GUUUGGACAGAUAUAGUAAUGCUGCAUGCAUCAACGAUGCAUGUGCGAGCGCGGGAACUUGCGGCAGCAGUAUAAGAACAUGCAGGUUCAAUGUUGUAGAUAUCGCACUUGACCGAACCGAACCUAACCUAACCCUACGUGAACAAACACCUUGGGCAUACGUCGAUUCUAGUAUUGCAGUAUUACUUCUACUUUGUAAAUAAAUUUGAUAGGCCUCCUGCAAGGUAGACCAGGUUUAAGGGGAGAUUCCGAACCAGUCCUUAGGAGGCAUCACCCCAUGGAAUACGGACCACAAAGACGAAUCCAAUUUCUUUUGCUCCCAUCUUGGAUCAUAGCGUUAAAUGAUAGGUCGACUUUUUUUCUUUCUUGCCAAACCGAAUGCUACCCAGCAGCCGAUGUUACCUUCUAUAUAAUUAUGAGCACUACUAAGACGGGCAGCCCUUGAUGAUGGAAGAUAUUAUUUAUGUACGGAGGUACAAUACUUGUAAGUAUGAGGAACGGGGUCGGUGGGGGGAAUAAAGAAUAAACAGAUGAUAUCUUACGCACUGUUAUCAGAGUCAGAACAGUUAGGUCAGCUGCUAAUGCUAAUGUUGGGAUGGUUAUUAGUUACGAAAUGGAGAGCGUCACGUUACCCGAAGGAAAGCGAGCAAUCUUCCCUCCGAUAUAUGACUUUAUCUGUGUUUAGUGUUUAUUUGGGGAGGGGAUUUUUUAUUUUGGCGCUUGUUGCAAGGAUGCUGAAGCGGCGCUAAAACUUGGUCUGGGGUCUCGGCGUAUGUGGGGCCAAUGAACCCGGUUUUGCGGACGUUAGCCGAUGGAGCAUCAAUCAUAUAGUGGUCAGAGCCACCUGCGCCCGCAUUUUUGACUUUCACCAAUGCCCUGGGACAGACAUUCAAAGAGCCAUGCCUUGAAUUACGUACGUAUGUACCUACCUGUACCUAAUAUAGGUAGGUACAUGUAUUUUACUUUAGGUCACUUGGGAUAGGUACCUGAGGCUACAUACCUUUAUAUUACUAUCAAUUAUAGUUGAAAUGAACCUCAGGUUUCAUCUAUAAAUAUGCAAGCAGCUAGGUACCUUAGGUACACAUGGUAUCUCAGAUAUUAUGUACUUUUGAUAGGUUAGGCAAACGUAUAAUAUUGGAAACGACG